GUACUGCCAUUCAAGCGACAGGUUCUAGAAGCUUCACCUGAGAGACGUUACAUGCAGCAGGGCGUUUUACUGGGACACGAGACCGCAGCGUGCGUGACCAGACGACAAAAAUGAGGGAUAGCGGGAUUCUCUUCAGGAUCCUUCGAGGAAGAAAAAUGGACGACAAGGCGUCCAUCGUCAACCGAAAAUCAGCCGACAGCGGCAUCUGCUCGCUGAUUGAAGGGGACGGUGGCUCUCCUUCGGCGGCCCCCGAUCCUGACGGCAUGCGGAGCCCGACCAAACAGGACCCAGAAUCGGGGGACUCCGAGCCGGGAACACCUUCGCCCCUCAGUCCGACGAGCCCGAUCGUCCCAGAUCAUCCCAAUGAUAAGGCGACCAAGAAAGGCCCGUUUCGGCUAUGGUACUUGGGGAAGUGUGUUCUCGACCGUCGCUACACGUCGCCGAUGUUGCCAUGGGUCGUUGCGGAGCUGAGAAGAACCAGCGGACCAUCCCGUCAAGAAAUCUCUCUGCAGCUCACCAAGUCCACCGUCCGCGGCUCGCUCCAAGGGGAAGACAACGGCCUUCUCUUCGAACACAAACUCCAACAAGUCGCCAGAAUGGCCAGGAAUCUGCACUACCCGAACUGCUUUGCAUACCUGACCAGAGAAUCUUCAGAUUCGCCCUUCGCAUUCCAUGCGUUUGAGGCACACGACUCAGAAAAGGUCCCAGAGAUCUUUGCUUCCAUCCGUUUGGCAACCAAGGAGUAUCUGAAGGACAAUCCCCAUGUGGACAGUCGUCUGGACCAGUACAUGGACAACAAGACCUCCAAGUUCGAGGUCAUAUACUGUGGCAAGGUCGUGGUCUCGCACACCAAGGCCCCGCCCACCCUCAUAGACGACACCAUCGACAAAUUCAAGAUUCACGACGCCGAGAAACUCAAGCAGCAGAAGAAGCCGGCCGACAAUGGGAAGAGAAGACUUGGCUCCACCUCGAGAGAAUCUGAGAAAGCCAUGACCAACUUGGCCAACAACAACUCCAAGGUAGUAUGUACGGAGGAGGAGUGUAGAACGAGUCAGGAGGACACACGACCAAAUAUCAACAGCUGUGAGACGCAGGAUGCUGGGAACAGCGAGAAAAAGAGACAUCGUAGCAACAGUGGGGGGAAUGUGCAGAAUAGGACCAUGUUAUUUCAGAUCGGAACGUUGGAAGUGAGUCUGAUCAGUCUGGAGCGUAAGUCAGUCAUCCUGGAGAAGAACUUCAAGGACAUUUCGUUUGUAUCUCAGGGAAUCAAGCAAGCAGAGCACUUUGGCUUCAUCUGCCGAGAGUCAAGCAAGAGCAGCCGCCACAUGUGCUACGUGUUCAGGUGCCAGGCAGAGUCUGUGGUCGAUGAGGUGAUGCAGUGUCUGAAGCAGGCCUUCAACGCUGCAGCGGAGAGCCAGCGGACCCACAUCGUGUGUGAGACCUGCCCCAUGCACCAGUACCACAAGCUGGCUCUGCAGAUAGAAGGCUUGUACCCUCCCCGAGCCAAGGAAGUGAUCCAAGCUCAUCUCCAGGAGCUGGGAGAAGCUGACCAGACAGAGAUCUCUGCCAGGAUCAAGAGCGCCAACCCUACAGGCGAGCAGGACGAGAAUGAGAUCACCAUGGCGAUCCUGCGGAGUCUGUACGAGGGACGGCAAAAGGUCCACACUCACAUCAGUGACAUCAGCCAAGAUGGGCACCGGUAUCCGUCCAAGUUUGAUGUCAUCAGGAACCGUGCCAAGAAGUCUCUGGCAAACUCCUUUGAGAGCCUCCUGUCACGGCGUACAUCAGCAGGUGCCAUAUUUACGGCAAAGGGCAAAGGAAAGCAGCGCCACGCCAGUGAGCCGAUGGGGAAUGGACAGUCGGCCAGAGACCGCGCUGCAACCCUGGACUCUGGAGCUGCUGCUGCCGCUGCUGCUAAGCCCUCUCUGGAAGAGGUACCAGAGACUGCCCCCCUCCCCACAUCCCUUCCCCUGCACAGAAAGUUUCCACUCUUCAGAAGCACCUCUCUUCACCCGGCCCGGGCCGCGGCCGUAGACUCUACUACCCGGCGGGAGAAGUUUUUCUUCACCCGUAGCAUUUCAAUGCAACAGAACCCAAGUACCAUACCCCCUCCAUUAAGACUUGUGGAUGACAGCCCUGGUCCACCCACAUCCGCACCCCCCACCCCAGGCAAGGAUCAGGUUGAACACAAGUUUGACCUUGAAGACUCCCCUUUCCAGCUGAGAAAACGCAGUAACACACUCGACCACGUCCCGCCCAGGCGAAACAUCAUGAAGGAGAUUAGAUCAUCACCGCUCGCUUCCAGGUCUUCCAGCAAAGACAGUCUGUCUGACAGCUCUACUGGAAGUAAACAAAGACUGCACGCGAGCAUCUCAUCACCCCCUGACACCCCCCAGGGUUACACCCCCCACAGACGGAUGUCAUGGAGACAGGCCAUCUUCACCAGGGUGGUCACACCGGGCCGCAAUAACACCAUGCCAGGUACCUUGUACGUACAUGAGCUGGACGAGACUCUGACCACGCCCGAGGCCAGCCCCAAGGUGCGGAGUGUGGAGAAGCCCAGGAAGAGAACACGAGAGGAGCUGCGGGCUCUGUGGAAGAAGGCCAUCAUGGAACAGAUCCUGCUCAUCAGAAUGGAGCGAGAAAAUAUCAAUCUGAAAGGUACAAUUUUGCCUCGCUCAACUUCAUUUGACACCACCCGUAUGGACGCUGUGGAGACCAAGCGAACCAAGCUGGACUACGACGUGAUCCUGCCCUGCUCCAAGAACACCCUGGUCAUGUGGGACGGCAUGCUGGGAACACCCAACAGGGCAGAGGUCAAGUUCAACCCUGACGAGCUGCUGGCUGUGGUCAGGGCUGGCGUACCCAAAGUGAGACGUGGAGAAAUCUGGAGACUCCUUGCCGAGCAGUACCAGCUCAGGAACAAACACAGCAACGCUCCACCUGAAAUCCCUUAUGAGGAACUCAUCAGACAACUCACGUCACACCAGCAUGCUAUUCUCAUUGAUUUAGGCCGCACCUUCCCGAGCCAUGCCUACUUCUCCACCCAGCUGGGUGCUGGACAGCUGGCCCUGUUCAACCUGCUGAAGGCCUACUCACUGCUGGACAGGGAGGUUGGGUACUGUCAGGGGCUCAGCUUCGUGGCAGGCAUCCUGCUCAUGCAUAUGACGGAGGAGGAGGCCUUCCACAUGCUGACCUUCAGUAUGUACCAGCUGGGCUUCAGACGGCAGUACAGACCUGACAUGGUGGCACUACAGAUCCAGAUGUACCAGCUGUCCCGUCUGCUGCACGACAACCACCGCGAGCUGUACGAACACCUGGAGAAGAACGACAUCGCUCCCACGCUGUACGCCGCCCCGUGGUUCCUCACGCUGUUCGCCUCACAGUUUCCCCUGGGAUUCGUCACCAGAGUGUUUGAUCUGAUAUUCCUUCAAGGAACAGAUGUGAUCUUCAAGGUGGCGCUAACGUUGCUAGGCGACCAUGAGGACCUGAUCAUGGCAUGUCAGGGGUUUGAGAACAUCGUGGACUUUAUCAAGAACCAACUGCCAGCCCUGGGGAUGGUCAGCAUGGAGAAAGCCAUCAGCAGGGCGUUUGAGUUGGACAUCUCGAAGCAGCUGCACGCCUACGAGGUGGAGUACCACGUCCUGCAGGAGGAGAUGAUCAGCUCUCCCCAGAGGGGGGAUGUCGACAGAAUGGAAAAGCUGGAGCAGGCCAAUCGCAACCUGAAGAGACAGAACAUGGAGUUGUUGGAAAAGCUCCAGACAUCACAUAGCAGUAUUCACAGUUUGGAAGCCACAGUUGCCAGUCUUCAGUCUGAGCAGAACAAGCUGCGCUCAAGCGUCCAAACCCUGGAGAUCGAGCGGGCCGCUCUCCUCAACACCGUCACCAAGCUGCGCAGGCUGCUCCCCAACAACUGCCUCAUCGAGGAAGAGUUGAACUUCUCCAUCGUGAACGAGAUGCGGGCGAACGUGGGGCUACCUCCCCUCAGCAAGAACAACAGUAGCAGCUCGUCGGAAGACUUGGAUACGGAGGUGGCCAACAUUACAAACAAAACCAGGACAAUCAUCCCCAAUCAACUGAGGCACAGGAACAUGAGCGGGGACAGCAUUGGUAGCUCAGUCAGCGCAGGGAGCACAGCUUCUUCUGAUCUGUUGUGUACAGAGAAUUUACAGAACACGACAACAAGCACAUGUAGACCUCUCUCUACCUAAACUUGUACAUAGAGAACACGAAUUUGACUGUAGGUACUGUCUGUAUAGUUAGAUCAGUAGUGCCGCUGAGAGGUCCAACAGGAAAUGAAGAUAAGCAUCUAAACAUGACACAAGUGGCCAACUUAUGUAUGUAGAUAUGUUACAACAGUGGCAAUAGCUAGUCCGAAGAGACCUCGACCAGACAGUGUGCAAGUAUAGAUAUCACCCUCAACUGAAAACAUGAUCACGAGAACAGAAGUAUGUAUGCCAAACAUGCCAUGUAUAUAAAGGUGUUUGUGUGAUGUGUUGUUGUGUGUGCUAUUGUCUGACAAAGUAAUUGUUGUCUUGCUGCAGACAGCUGAAAACAAUGUGCUUCUCUUAAUAUUGUUGCAUCCUCCAAUGUCUUGCUCUAAACUUGUCUGUGAGCUGCUUGUUUUUGGUGCUGAUUCCUGACUUAGCAUAAGCAUUGAAGCAGAGAUUUUGAAGUUCCCUAGAUGACUUACACAAUAUCCGAACAACUAGAGGAGUGGGUACAGCUAAGUUGUGGAAAGCCCUGGUUAACAAGCAGGGGAGGAAAGUGUACAACACAGGGGGAAUGUGCUUGUGAAUGAGAAACUAUGUUUACUGUAAUGACCUGUCGAAUCUAACAUUAUACUUCUAUGCAUAGCCCUAUCCUGCUAUGAUCCUGCUUACCCAAGGGUAUACUGGAUAUAUAUAUAGAUAAACAAGAAUCCUAGAUAAAAAAAUACUGAACACCUCGAGGUAGUUGUAUAUACUUAUGUAGCUGUAACUUAUCACAAGUUAGGCUAUAGGAGGUAACACAGGAAUGACAAAGUGUACCAAGGAGAUACCAUUGACAUGGAGACUUCAAUACUUGCCUGUAAAUGAUGGCCAAUUCAAGGUCAUUAGUCGUAGGAAUCAGAUCAUGACAGAUGUUUUCUAAACAGUGUUGACAACAAGGCUUUUCUGGUAGACUUACAAUGUCGUGCAAAUACUAGAUUGAAGAAAAACUUGAUGGAGUUGAUAGAGGUCUGGUUUUGUUUAUUUUACAAGUAAAGUGUUAUAGUACAUGUCCUCUUGUAUAAAGACAUCAUGAAGUUUCUUACUUUCUUCUUCCAUUUAAAUGGUGCCAGUUUUGUAUUGUUAAGUUUUAUAGUUGUUAUAGUUUUGGUGCAAUGUUUAAUGAUGUUUUAUGGUUUAAGAGGGGAAAACCCAUUAUUUUAUUAUUUGAUGUCUUUGAUUUAUUGAGUCAUAAACUGACUGAAAUUUUUAGUUGUGUUUAUCUUCUAGCUAUUUCAAGGAUGUUGAGAUCGUAUAACAUAAUGUUAAGGGCAGCGACUUGAGAAAUGCACUAGGUGUAUGGCUUGUAACAAGGAGAUUAUAUCUGUAUGUUUAUCUCCUUGCUUGUGAUGACUUUCUUUUGAAAUGAUUACUUUGCACAAAAGAUAAAAACUUGUAUAAUUUUUGUUCAUGAAGGUCUUACAGAUUAGAAGAUUUAUUUGAAAAAAUGUAUCAAUUUCUUUUAAUGGAAUCAGCCUAGCUGGUUUACAGGGAACCAAAUCGUUGUCCAUUUUAGUUGAGUAUUAUGUUGUUAUGAUUCAGAGACAAAUACCGGUACGAAUGUCAUAUAGUUCAAUUACCAACAAAUAGUGGAAAAUGUUUUGGGCUGCUUGGCACAUAUGUGCUUUUGUCAGAUUAACAUGCGACUGUAAAUAUUGUAGUCACUGUUCCAUGAGGACCAGGCAGGGUAUGAGGUAGUUGAGUGCUCUGAGACAGUUUUGAGCGCAUGCAGUCCCUGGUAGAUGUACUUCAAAGAUAACUGAUAUUGUGAUAACUACUAUGUUUCCUACAUUGUAAAGAGUUCUCUGCUACAUGUCAUGACACCAAACAUCAAUCCACAGUGUAAUACAACACUGAAACCCUUAUCAGACUGAAACAAGGAAGACUUUGUGUUCUUUGGAACCUGUUUCUGAAGCAGCUUCAUCCAUAUACUGAGACAUGAUCCUGUGUAGGGCAAAACCUGUUUUCAUUGUGGAUCUGAUUUCUUCAGAAAAGUUGCCCAAACCUCCACUGGGAAAUGGUUUGUUGCCCAGCUUUAGAAAUGAGUAAGAUUGGACCUGGGCUGUUUUCAGAACUUGGUUGCUUCAGAAAACCUUUCUAAACUCUUAUAACCAGUCCCAGUCUGAAUAGGGUCGGUAACAAAAAAUAAACUGUUUACAGAAUGAUUCCAACCCAGAAGUAAAACUAGGUUUUGUAUGAACUCAUCCAGUAUAUGUACUUGUAAUUUAAAAACAACACAACUUCACACAAAAAGCAAUAGCACUGGAUAGCUUAUCUCUCUGUGUAUGUAAAUAGAUAUUAUUCAGGAUGAAAUAUCUACAACUUAAGAAUACUACUGUGAACAUUUUUGUGUUUGUGUCAUUGAAAGAUUUACGGUAACUUUGAUGUGACGGUAGGGCAUCAAAACGUGUGGAAAGCCAUGUGGAGCUUGUGAGGGGAUGUCUGGAAUAUCAGUACAAACCUCGAAAGAAAGCAAUAAAAUCCUGGAAACAC